CUCAGCUCGGCUGGAAUAACGUUUAAAUCUACAUGCUAGGAAGACACUAUAUAGCCUCCGAAGGAUGGGUUCCCCUCCCUUUUCUCAGUCCUCUAAGUCUUCCGCUUGAGAGCGGCUUGAGUAUAACAGUAGCACUUCACCAAAGUCAUCAUGCGAUUCCGGAAUGCCUUGAUCCCAAUCGUUCUACUUCCUACUGUCGCAGCUGAUUUCCACGUUAUUAUGAACCAUUGCGGUCACCUUGACAAUUAUUACACCGAACCGGGCUUGCCAGUCUGGACUUUUCUCCCAUCAAUCGAAGACAACCUUUGCUGGAAUGCAGUCAUAGCCCAAAGCCCCUCUUUCUUCCAGAGGCGCAUCACAUUGGGGUCAGAACUGACUGCUGCACCUUGCGGUUGUAACGUUACAGUUUCCGAUCGGCUUGAUAUGUGGUGGAGCAUCAAGGAUGGACAAAACAAAACAGGAUCGUGUUUCCCUGUUACACACGGCACUAGCGGCGGCAAUGGGACGUCGGUGUCCUGCAUAGAAGGGACAGUUGCUUAUUGGACAUGCUACGUCUUUGAUAUCGCUUAUUGCGUGUCCUCGGAUGACGGAUGUAGCAAUUAGUAAUUAAAUCUUCGAUAUCUGAGAAGCCUCAGACUUGCUUGGAUCCGCAAAAUACGCUUGAAAUGAUCAUUCCAAUUCCCA